AUGCCGGCUGGAGUCAAUCGUCCCACCGAUACGAAGUUGAAGGAGAAGGAUAUCAACCAGAAGCUGCAGCUAUAUGGCAUCUAUCAAGCCUUCAAGAAUGGAAAGCUCCCAUCGAACAAACAAUGCGACAUUGCCUUGAACAGCGCCCUGAAUUCAAAGGCGCUCUCGUCGCCCCCUAAAGAGCUCUCAAAGGAGGGCCAAGUCCUCGUGCAAGACCUGCGAACAGUCAUUGAACAGGCGAAGAAACUCAUCCUGAGCAAGAACGAGGGCCAGUUGCUCCAGGAGUUCAUCUGGCAGGCCGAGCACAUCUCCGCCGAAGAUGUGCAGGAGAAACCGAAUGUGCCCGUGGACAAAGAAUCGGCUCAACAGGAUGGCCAGAAGGCAUCUGAAGGACUGAAAACUUUGGGAACACUUUUGAUCACCAACGGCGAAUUCAGAAAGCUCCUGAACGACGCUUGGAUCAUUGCUCGCGACAUUGCCGGUGACGCCUCGCAGAAGGCCGCCAAUAAAGUCCGCCCGUCGGAAGAACAGCUUUCCCAAAUUGAUGAGCCGGCCGAGGAAAAUGUGUGGCAUGAGAAGCCGGAUUUCGCAAAGCACAAGGAGGAAUUCACGUCGCGCUUCAAGAAAGCUAAGCCUGCCGCUCAGCAACAAUAUGAGGAGAUAGGCGACACUGCCAUGCAAGCGGCAACAGGAGUUCGUAACCCGGAGACACCGGCUGAUUUCGAUGGUCGUUCUGGUGCUGUCGCAGGCGCCGAGGAAGCCAAGCGAAGAGUCUCCGACAACGUCUCUGAGAGUACCAAGUCUCGUGCUCGUGACUAUGCCGACCGCACCAAGGACUACAUGGCGCAGAAGAUGCCCAAAGAGCGUCGCGAGCAGCUCAUUUGGCGAUUGAAGAAAAUGGUUCUUGAAAUCCAAGGCCGCGCUGAUUGUGAGUCCACUUGGGGAAUCUCCUGCACACGUACGCGCUUGAAACUGACGGAAAUCCCAAAAUGA